UUCCUCCUCUCCCACAUUACACGCUCUAGCUGAAAAACUUUUAGAGAAACUACUUCUUUUCAGGCUGAUUUUCUGGAUUCCGAAUCUGAAACCAGUUUUUGUGAGCUUAAAAGUUAAAACCACCAAAAGGUUUUUGUUUCUUUCACAGGAAAGGAGGUCCUUUGCAGUUGAAAAACCAUGGGGAAUUGCAUGGAGACAUGGAAACAGAGUCAGAAAACAGAGGAAAUGCAGAGGCAGAAUCAGCAAGAAGAAGAAGAAAAGGAAAGAAGAGGAAGUGGGUUUGUGAAGGAAAGCAGUUUGGGGAAAAACAGCAUGAGGGUUAAGAUUGUUGUGACAAAAGAAGAGCUGGAGUGGUUGAUGCUUCAGCUCAAGAACAAAGGAGGGAAGAGUUUAGAAGAUGUUUUGGAGGAGAUUGAGAGAAGCAGAGAGAAAGCUGAAGGUUGGAAACCAUCUCUAGAGAGUAUCAUGGAGUGCCCUGAAGUUGUAGAGAUGGAUAGAUCAUCAUGAGGCAUUUAAAACUGCCCCCCCAAAAAAAAAAAAAAAAAAAAAUUGAAAAAAGAAAGAAGCUGAAAUUUGUAAAUUAAAUCUUGACCCAAUUUUUGUAAUUAGUUUUUCUGUUCGAUGGAGAGAGCUAGAGUUUAAGUUUCUUGAGCUAUAUAUAUAUACACACAUAUAUAUGACAUGAGAACUUUUCUUGUGAUUUUGUUGCA